AUGCCUGGUGAAGUGAUUGAUCGCCCUAACCCGGCUCCGCUGGACAGCCAUCUUCCAGAUGUGGCUCUGGAAUUGGCACUCAAGGCGCCCAAGAAGCAGUUGGACAAGAAGAUCGCCCAAUCGCUCAAUGAUUUCCAGCAUGCGGCAUGCUAUAUUGCAGGGUCCAUGAUCUUCGUCAAAGACAAUGUCUUACUUGAGAGAGACUUGACGGCACAAGAUAUCAAGCCGCGAUUAUUGGGUCACUGGGGAACAUGUCCAGGCAUUAUCCUCGUAUGGUCACAUCUCAACCUCCUCAUCCGCAAUCAUGAUCUGGAAGUGAUCUUUGUUAUCGGGCCUGGCCAUGGUGCUCCUGCUGCUUUGGCCUCGCUAUGGUUGGAGGGAUCUCUCGAGCGAUUCUUCCCCCAAAAGUACGGUGUUAGCAAGGACGGCUUGCGCAACCUUAUUACCGGAUUCUCGGUUCCUGGAGGCUUUCCUAGUCACAUCAAUUCCGAAACUCCGGGGUCCAUCCACGAGGGUGGUGAGCUAGGCUACUCCCUAGCUGUUUCAUUUGGUGCCGUCAUGGACAACCCAGACUUGAUUGUCACUUGUCUUGUUGGAGAUGGUGAAGCCGAGAGUGGUCCUACCGCAGCUGCUUGGCACUCCAUCAAGUACAUUGAUCCCGCCGAGUCUGGAGCUGUUAUUCCCAUUCUGCAUGUGAAUGGCUUCAAGAUCAGUGAGAGAACCAUUUAUGGAUGCAUGGACAACAAGGAACUAUCCAGUUUGUUCGCCGGCUAUGGAUACCAGCCAACCAUCGUGGAGACUCUUGAAGAGAUCGACAGCGAACUCUCGGGUGCUUUGGAGUGGGCUGUCAGUGAGAUCAAGAAGAUCCAAAAGGCAGCCCGAGAUGGAAAGCCCAUUAUCAAGCCACGAUGGCCCAUGAUUGUUCUUCGAACACCCAAGGGCUGGACAGGUCCCAAGAAGGUGGACGGCGAGUUCAUUGAGGGCUCUUUUCACUCUCACCAGAUCCCUGUCCCCAACGCCAGCAAGGAUGCGGAGCACCUUAAGAUUCUGCAAGACUGGCUCAAGACAUACGAUACAGCACACUUGCUCAAGGACGGAAAGCCCGCUGACAGUAUCCUGGAGAUCAUUCCUCAGAAGGAUAAAAAGCGACUUGGACAGCUCAAGAAGACAUACGACCCUUAUCAACAACUGCAGGUUCCUGACUGGAAGAGCUUUGCGGUGGAGAAGGCUUCGCAAAACAGCUGCAUGAAGCAGACUGGCGAUUUCCUGAACCAAGUCAUCAAGGAGAACCCCAAGAGCUUCCGUAUUUUCUCUCCCGAUGAACUGGAGAGCAACAAGCUUAGCGCGGGCUACACUCUCACCGGCCGUACCGCGCUCUUUCCCAGUUACGAGUCCUUCCUCGGCAUCAUCCAUACCAUGAUGGUGCAGUACUCCAAGUUUAACAAGAUCGCGCGAGAGACCAACUGGCGGGGCGAUCUCAGCUCAAUCAACUACAUCGAAACCAGCACUUGGGCCCGCCAAGAACACAACGGCUUUUCUCAUCAGAACCCAUCCUUUAUCGGCUCUGUUCUCAAUCUGAAGGCGGAGGCGGCACGCGUGUAUCUUCCCCCUGAUGCCAACUGCUUCCUGAGCACCAUCCACCAUUGUCUGAAAUCCAAGAACUACGUCAACCUUAUGAUCGGCUCAAAGCAACCUACUGGUGUCUUCUUGUCUCCUGAUGAGGCAGCUGAACAUUGCCGAAAGGGUGCAAGCAUUUGGGAGUUCGCCUCAAUUGACAGCGGCAAGGAGCCCGAUGUUGUGAUCGCCGGUAUUGGUGUUGAGGUUACCUUCGAGGUUGUCAAGGCUGCUGAGAUUCUUCGCGCCUGGAUUCCCGAGCUUCGAGUCCGAGUCGUCAACGUUACGGAUCUCAUGGUUCUGGCCGCUGAAUCCCGUCAUCCACACGCACUCAGCCGAGCUGACUUCCUUGAUAUGUUCACGGAGGACAAGGCCGUGUGCUUCAACUACCACGGAUACUCCGCUGAGCUCCAGGGCCUUCUCUUUGGACGCCCUGGUCUGCACCGCAUGACAGUGGAGGGUUACAAGGAGGAGGGUAGCACCACUACACCAUUCGACAUGAUGCUCCUCAACUGGGUCAGCCGAUUCGACGUCGCUAAGCGUGCGCUCAAGGGUGCUGCUGAGACAAACGACAAGAUCAAGGCCAAGCUUGACGAGACGCUCAAGAAGAUUGAUGACAGAGUUGCGGAGAUUAAAAAGUACAUUCAGGACGAGGGCAAAGAUCCUGAGGACUUGUAUGAUAUGCCCAAGUUUUAG